AUGUGUGCUCCGGUAAGCGUCGAUGCCCGCACAGUUCCCGUGCGUCCCGACCUACCCGCCAGUGCGGCGCAAAUAUUAAACACGGCGUGCUCGAACGAAGCGGGUGCAUAUGUGGUCGCGCGCGAUGACCGUGGCCAGCCUCUUUCUCUGAGCGCAACACCCUCGCCAUCAGCGAAGUACCUAACGUUUCUGCCUUUCGAAUCCGAUGACAAGCUUGCGCAGCGUACCUUCUGGCUGUCUGCCGCGUAUGCACAAUGCAUCGCCGUAGAGCAAGUUUGCAAAGGUGCCAUUUGCUCUGUGCCAAUGGUCACAGAAAGUGCAGGAAAUGAGCUGGAUGCCACCUCAGGAUACACGAUCGAAGUCCUUCGUGCUCGCAUGGAUCCUCCUCUUUCUCUCAGCGCCCAUUUACACGAAGCCCACCUACAAGUAGACGAGGCGCUUCAAACAUGUGUGACGACUGUGCUUCGUUCGGGCUCACCCAAGGUGGCGGAUGAGGAGCUUUCCGAUAUCGAGCGCGCCGUAAAGCAGGUCUGUCAAAGUGGAUUACCCCUCUCUGUCGAACCGCUUCCAUGGCAUGAAGCCUGUGGACUCUUUGGUCACAAUCCCCUUGUGCUUCGCACCAUAUUGGACUAUGCUGACCAUGAAGAGCGUGUUCCCGUUGUUUAUGCUGAAUCGCGUGCAAUCAGUGUUCUUCCGCGUCAUGGCGAUACCACGUUGCUGCGCCAAACGAAGCCGAUCAAGGCAGUCAAGGUCCUGGGAUGGUCUACGGCCACACUCCAGGCGUCAUGGGCAUUGGAGGGAUCGCAACCCUUGCUCAGGAUCCGCGGGAUUGCUUUCCCAUCCUCCAAUGACUUGCAAAAGUACAAGACUCGCAUGUCCGACUUGGAAAAAUCGGACCACCGGCAUCUCGGAAUGGCACAACAACUUUUCUUCGCACACGAUUCUUCUCCAGGCAGUCCUUUUGUGAUGCCUCACGGCAUGCGCCUGAUCCGAAAAGUGGAACGUGUGAUUCGUGACUUGUACGAUGCAUUCGGAUACGAGGAAGUGCAGACGCCGCAGCUAUACCGCAGUUCCCUAUGGAAGCAGAGCGGACACUGGGACAAAUACCGCGAUGACAUGUUCAGCGCACAGGGAUUUUCAUGCUGCGGUGAACACGAUGGUGUCUUUGGCCUGAAGCCCAUGAACUGUCCAGGGCAUUGCGUCAUGUUCGCGCAUCAGCCGCGCUCGUAUCGCGAGUUGCCAUGGCGUCUAGCUGAAUUCAGUCCCCUACAUCGCAACGAAGCAUCAGGCUCUCUCUCAGGUUUGACCCGUGUGCGUCGCUUCCACCAAGAUGAUGCACAUGUCUUUUGUAUGCCGUCCCAAGUGGCAAGAGAAAUCGAAAGCAUGUUGCAUAUGCUCUCCCUCGGCUACCGAGUCUUUGGAUUCGGCGACCGAUAUGAACUUGUGCUAUCGACGCGUCCUGACAAUUUUAUUGGCGAUAUCUCUUUGUGGGAUCGCGCUGAGGCCAAUCUAAAACAAGCGCUCGAUCAAUGUGGAAAGCCAUGGUCUCUGAAUGAAGGGGAUGGCGCAUUCUAUGGUCCCAAAAUUGAUAUCCGUUUAGUGGAUGCGAUGGGCCGGAAACAUCAAACUGCCACCAUUCAACUCGAUUUCCAGUUGCCGGAACGCUUCCAGCUUGAAUAUGCACAGGCACCAAGCGAAGAAGGGGCACACGAAGUCAGGCCUGGAUAUGCGCGUCCUGUCAUGAUCCACCGGGCCAUUCUUGGCAGUUUUGAGCGGUUUCUGGCCAUUCUCGUGGAGCAGUGCAAGGGCUGGUGGCCCUUCUGGCUCAGCCCUCGCCAGGCGGUAGUGAUCCCCGCGUUUGGCUCUGACCCAGAGUCUUACGAACGCACUGCGGCGUACGCACAGGAAGUGCAAGCUACAUUGUGUGGAACUACGGAAGAAACCCGCAUGUCGCGCAACCCGUUCCUCUCGGCGUCUAUGGCUCAUCAUACUUUACAAGUCCCUUCACGUACGCGCUUCCAAGUGGAGCUCCCUCCGCACUACUUGAGCUCCUCAGGCGACACUCUGGGCAGGAAAGUGCGCCAUGCACAGCUUCAACGUUACAACUUUAUCUUGAUCGUGGGGCAGCAGGAGACCCAAAGCCGUACGAUCAAUGUUCGGCUGCGCGACGAAAAGGCAGCACCAGCUUGGCAUGCUGGUGCCGCCGACAGCCAAGACUCAGAGUCACUUCGUGUACAGGACAUGGUGUGGGCGGUAGCUAAGGCAACUUUCCCGGAAAAGAUUGCGGCGGACGCGCCCCCCUCCCAUGACUUGGGCACAUGGACUCUGCCCGAAUUGCGGCGUUUAUUCUGCGUGCUGGAUACAUUGCAUGUCUAG